UUUGCACAUCCAAAUUCCCUUCUCUCUCCCUAAACCACCAAACGUCUUCUCGUCCGCCACCAAAAUGGUUUUCCUCCACCAACAAAACUCCUCCCGGAAACGACCUUCCACCUUUAUUCCUCCAUUUCCACAACCGAAAAUCCCCAAAUCCUCCACUACCACCACCGAAAAACCACCACAAUCUCAAAACGAAGCCGUCGAGGACAAUCAAGUAUCAUCAUCCUCAUCGUCAUCAUCCGUUGAUAAAUUGGUGUCGAUUCUAGCUGAUGCUGGCUGUACUUUGAUCAAUCCUUCAGGUCCACCUUGCCUUCCUUCUGAUCAUCAUAAGUUCCGGAACCAUCUCAACCGUCUAUUUUCUUCUUCCGAUACCGCCCCUGCUCUCCGCUCCGAUUUCCUUUCCGGAUUCUCCUCUUACAUUAAUCUUCAACAGAACUUCCGCAGGGUUCUUGCAUUUUCGAAACGAGAUGGUUUUGGCGCCAAGAGAAGUGAGAGCUUAGUAAGGCAGCUCUUGCUAGUUCCAGCAAUUCAGCUAGAACUCCAGAUCAUGCUCCUCGAGAAACUUCCGGAAUAUUUCGACACGAAUUCCGUAGAUUCUAGAACAACACUGUCGCUCGAAGAUGAUGUAGCCAGGGUGAUAAUUGAUCAAUUCCGGUGGCUUGAUUUUGUUGUUGAUCCUAAUACAUUCACGGAUAAGUUAUUGCAAGUUGUUUCAAUCUGUCCUUUACAUUUGAAGAAAGAGAUUAUCGGUUCUUUGCCGGAGAUCAUCGGUGAUCAAAGUAGUAAUAAUGCUGUCGUUGAUUCGUUAGACCAAAUGCUACAGGAGGAUUCUGAGAUCAUUGUGCCGGUGCUUGAUGCGUUUUCGAAUCUUAAUCUGGAUGAAAUGUUGCAAGAACAGGUUAUUUCGACAGCUUUAUCAUGUAUUAGGACAAUAGAUGGGGAGCAUAUUCCGAAUUUGCUUAGUUUUUUAUUGCUUUCGGCUACACCUCAAAAUGUUCGAAGAAUAAUAUCGCAGAUUCGUCAGCAGCUAAAAUUUGUGGGAAUGUCGAAUAGUUCUCGUUCAAGUCAGCAGCGGAAACUUAAAGGGAAGUCACUUGUGGAUAAUACGGAGGCGUCUAUUCUUGAUGCUUUGAGAUCAAGUCUUUUAUUUAAGAAUAUGCUGUGUCAGGAGGUUUUGAAAGAAUUGAGUAGUGUUGAGAAACCUCAGGAUCACAAGGUCAUAGACAUAUGGCUUCUUAUAUUGAUAUACAUGAAUGGCAAGUCCAUGCAAAAGAGUGUUGAGAAGAUUCUCAAGAAGAAAAUUGUUGAAAGUUGUAUUCGGGAAGAUAUGAUUGACCAGUGUAUUUGUGGCAACAAAGAACUGGUUCAGGAUUAUUUUCCGUGGUUUCUUUCAUUGUCUGAGCACUUAUUGGCAUGUAAAGAACAAAAAGCAAGGGAUUUUGGCAUUCACAUUUAUAUUUGCUUGUUUGGAGAGUUUGGUGAUACUUAUUUUCGACAAGAGGUUCUUGGGGCACUUGUGACUCAUGUUGGAUCUGGUGUUAGUUUCGAAGUAAACUCUUCUCUAAACACCUUGGCUUUGCUGGCCUCCAAGUAUCCGCAGGAGUUGAUUCCACUUUCUGCUCAUAUAAAUGGUAUACUGGAUUACUUGGAAGGAUUUUGCAUGGAACAUCUACACAAGGUUUAUGAAGUUUUCAGCAAGCUGGCUUUGGCAGCUCGAUCUAGGACAUAUUGUUCUGGAUCUUCAAUUGCAGAUGAACUGUUGAUGAUAAUCCGAAAGCAGGUCAGCCAUCCAGAUAUGAAGUACAAAAAGAUGGGCCUAAUCGGGACUCUGAAAGUAGUCUCUUGUCUUGGAGACAUAAAUAAUGCUACCGGGGCGUCUCCUUCUCAGAAAUCUAACUGUGAGGAGGCUUUGGAACUCUUGAGAACAUCUCUGGAUUCUUGCAAGCAGUUGUGCUUACCAUUGGUUCUCUUUUAUGAUGAACUGACUACAAUAAUGCUUCAUAAGAAACUUCAGCCAGAAAUUGUAGAAUGGGUUGGCAAACAUGCUGGAGAGUUUGAGUCUAAGUUUCUAUCUGAUCUCCAAGGUGGACAAUUGCCAGGCGAGGACUCAUAUUGUGGUUUAGAAGGGGAACUGUGGAUGAACCUGGAUGGUGACAUAUCUCCUAUUUGUUUGAGCAUUUUGUCAUUGUCGUCCUCUUCCUUGCAGUCUACGUCUUCAUUGCAAGUCCUUCCUGCUAACUUCCUCUUACUAUCCACUGUUGAGAGAUUGACAAAUCAGGGAUCUCUUGGUGGAAUUGAUGCACUACUUGGCUGCCCUUUGCACCUUCCCUCCUCUAAGUACUUUUCUGAAGCAGGCUGGCAAUCAUUGACAGAUAAGCAGAAACAGAUUGUAUGCCUUUCUCUUUAUUAUGCGGCAAACUGGAUAAGGGAACUGCUCAAUGCCUUUUGCACACAAGUUACUGGAAGAUUUGAAUGCACCAGUCAGACUACAAAAAUGGAUAUAAUUGUCAAGCUAUUGAAGCGACUCAGGAACUUAGUAUUUCUGGAAACUUUACUAAACAACUGCAUCAAAUGCCAUCCCCUGUCUCUGCCAGAGCUCCAUCUUCAAGUUGAUAAUUCUGGAACUUUACUUUUAAACAAAGCUAACAAUAGGGUACAUUUAGAAAAAAACGGCGAACAUAAGAAAACACAAGACAACAAUUGUCCAAAGAAGAGAAGACAUAAAAAGACAUCAAAAGAAUCAAGUUCGGAUCCAAAUGGUAAACACCAGCAGCCAACAAUAUUGGAUGUGUUAAGGAAAGCAGGAGCUGUAACAAGCCAAGAUGUCUCAAAUGAGGAUUCUACUAGUCAAUCUUCAAAGGGCCAAACAUUUAUUCCUGCAGAUCAAGAUUCCUGUAAUUCAACUGGGCUAAUAAGUUUAGAAGUUUCUGCAGUUGCCAAGGCUCUAGAAGCACAACGAUUUAAAUUCAGGCAGCUCCAUGUCCAAUGUUACUCCCUUUUGAUGUUUUCAAAUAAUCAAAAGUCCUGUUGCCAUGAUCCUGCAGUUGAGUUACCCCUCUAUCUAUACCUUUUGCGUGAUCUUCACAGCAAGCUGGAUUACUUUAUGCCUCCGCGAAAACAAUUCUUGGCCACAUGCUUGAGUGCUCCUGCAGGUUUUACUAGAAUGACCUUGCAAGAGUUCUUGAGCAAUGUUAGGCCGCUCUUUCCAAAUCUGAGAAGGCGUUUUGAUAAUGCCAUUUUUGUUCUUAAAGAAGGUGAUGGAACUUGCGAAGAUCACUGGAAUGUUCACUCUGCUUCUGCUGGAAAUCCAGAAGUAGCCAGUAUUGUGUUUUCAAAAUCUGUAGUUUCGACUUUGGUAUUUAAAGAAGUACUUCAUAGUUUUAGUAAGAUGCUAAACCUUAUUGACGUUCAAAUGCACAAAUCAGUUCUAUCAGAUCUUCUUGAAGCCUUUCAACCAAGAGAAAUAUCCGAGAAUGUGUUUUCUGGCCUACCGUGCAGCCCUUCACCUGGGACAAUAGAAUAUUUGUAUCUUGGAGCUUCAUCAUUUAUUGAAGAUGCAUUAGAUAUGGCAUGUUCAUUUUCCUUUAUGCUGGCCUCAGAAUCUCUUAGUACCCUAGAAUCAGUUGUAACCUCUGUCCAGACUGUACUGGAUAAAUCGGAGACUAAUGGUAAAGGUAUACACUCACCAUCUAUUCACAGGAUCCUUCCAAACUUGCGCAGCAGACUUGGAACUUCUGCCCAGAAGCUUUUAAGUCACAACUGGGAUAGUGAAAAUCUUGAGAAUGGUUGGAAGAACAAAGGGGAAAUUGUACAAAAGAUUUUGCAGAUUUACCUGGAGAAUAGUGAAUCUAAAUCUGAUUUGUUGGAUAAGCUUGCCUGCUCUAUUUUGCCUACGGUUUCUUCAUCCGGAACAACAGUAGAAGAUGAUCAUGAUGGUUUCCCAACUCUAUGCAAUGCAACAUUUGUUGUGUGGUGCCGGGUGCUGCAUGAAGGGAACAUCGCUAUUAUUAACAAAUUGGUUAAGGAAAUUGCUCUCCUUAUGAAACCCAGAGCUGCUGUUCAGAUUGAAGCUGUUGAAAAGCAUUUGAUCAAAAUACAGAAAUCUGUGAAAGUUGUCGUAUCACUAGUUAACUUGUGCAGAACUCAUGACAAGGUGACUGUGCGUGCCAUGUCUGUCAAGUAUGGUGGGAAGUUUGUGGACUCCUUCCUAAAAGUUUUUGAUUUCUUACAGGCUCACUUUCAAACACACAAUGAACUCAUAAUCCAAUUGGUAACAGAGCUUCAAAAGGCCACAAGAACAAUACAGACUCUAUGUUCUGAAGCAAAGGGCUCGAAACAAACAGCUAUCACUAGCAAAAUUCCUGCUACAAAGCGUUCAAUGGAACGGUUUUUGUUCCGCGUCAAGGCUCUUCUUCACUUGACAUCAAGUGGAUGCACUUUUUGGAUGGGAAAUUUGAAACAUAAAGAUUUGACGGGUCAGGUUGUAAGUUCACAGGCCUAUGCAGAUGAUCAGAACAAUAAUGUUGAUGAAGAUCUGGUAGAAGCUGUUGAGGAGGACCACCCAGUUAGUGUUGCUAGUGAGGAUAGAGAAACAGAAUAAGUGCCUUUUCUAUCCAAGGGUUAAGUGGUUAAGACUGGAGCCAAUAUCAAGUAUUUUUCUGCAAAAAAUCUCAGAGUUCAAGACAUGAUGUGGUUUGCACAUCCCAGCAAAAUAUGGACGAAAAGGAAAAGGAGGUAAGAUUUAAGAACACAAACUCCUAAUCCAUUGUAAAUGUGUUAUAAAUUGAAGAUUCCAGUAAGUCAUACCAUCAAUCUGUGAUAAAUUUAUUUUUCAUUUGAUAUAAUUUGAGUAUCUUCUACCA